AUGACUUGGCGAGCCCCACCGCGGAUACUUCGGGCACUGGCCCUGGUCCUGCUCACGGCUGCCACCACCCUCCUCUUGCUUCAGUCGCACAGGGGCAUUGCUCCUGUACAGGUAUCUGAAGGUGCAUUGUGGUCGGCUACCGGCGUGCGUGCGAGUGCCACGGCUCGCGGCGGGAUUCCCCGACAGGUUCAGCACGCACAGGCCACCCCCCGAGUCUGCUUGCUCGGCAAUGCCGAAAGCGUAGCCACCGCUGAGCGGUCGCAUCGCAUGUGGGGCCAGGCGUUUCCCUCAUACUGGUACAUAUGGAAUCAGGUCGUGCCCAGCACGUCACCAAGCCAGCUGAACACACACCCCGCACAACUCCAUGUGGUGGCGUCAAGUUUGAAGGCCCGGGCCCUGACUUUUGCCGAUGGCAUCCAGCUCAAUUAUCAAGCUGCAAAGGAGCACGACGAUUGUGACUACUAUUUUGUGCAUGAUGAUGACCUUGAAUUCACGGUUGCCGCGGGCUUUUCGCAGACCAAGCAGCCUAUACAUGCGGUUCUGCUACAGUGGCUUCAACGCUGGCAGCCGCUCGUGGCUGGCUUUCCUUGGGACGUGGGCCGUGCCCGCUAUUCAGAACUAUCCGCCAUUGCUCAUGCGCGGGCAUCCACCGAUGGUUCUGCUUCGCCCCUGGUUCUAUUUGACAAUGGUAUGGUGCUUUACCACACCAGCGUUGCGGACUUCUUCAUCCCCUUUGCCCCCGCAGGUGAGGGCGGGUUUGUGGGCAAGUGGACGCUGGGCGCCCAGUUUUUACACCUCUUUGUGCCCUGGUGGCUACGGGAGCGGGCUGCAACUUGCGAGCAAUUGCGCUACCGCAAUCUCAUCAACCUCGACAACCUCAAUCGCACCGAACGCGCACGCGGGCGCAAGGAGACAGACACCCUUGUAUUCUACGGCGCAGUUCGCCACCCCUACGAAUAUAAGCUGAACGAAAAGUAUCGCAACUUCUUGAAGAGUGGUCUGCGCGACAGUGCGCUGCGCUUUGGUCCAGAGACGCGGGUUGCCGACGUCACUUGGCGUCCAGCGUCAGGCACCCCCUCAAAUGCUUCCGCCACAACGUCCCAGCUGAUUCAACGUCUGGUACAGCUCUACCACUGGAGGCACCCGGCGCUGUCCAACAACGCAUGGGUGCGUGCCCACGCCAAUGAGCUGCAGCGUCAAUCUGCACAGGCUUUGCCCAAGAUGCGACUGGACUUGCAUAUUUUUGUUCAUGAACGAGUGACGGCCUUUCAAACGCUGUGGACGAGCGUUCAGGCACUUCUGCGGCCUUCUGCUCACAUGGAGAUAGGCAUUGUGGUGCACCACGACCCGAGCCCCAAGCCACAGAUACGGGCCGAGCUCAGUAAGGCCUUGCAUGCCCUUGUGCACCCUUUUGCUCCCAUCAAGGUGGUAGAGCACUCACGGCCACUGGGCCUCAAGGCCAGCAUUUUAAAGUUGGCAACGGCCGAUGCUCGUUUUAUUUGGCUUUUGGAAGAUGACUUGGAGGUCUCGCCCUUGGCGCUGCGCUUUGCUGAGAUUUGCAUUUGGCGCUAUCUGCAGAACGGGCCUUCACAGCUUCUUGGGUUGUCUCUCUACGCCCAGUUGUACAACGAAGUGACCGAUUCUUACUUGCCUGGCGCUUCGAAGACAGGCUACGCGGCCACACUCACAGGGCUGCGGCGGUGGCGCAUGCCACAGUCAUGGGGGGGCAUUUAUCGCGCCGAUGCUUGGAAUGCCUUUACACGCUGGUUGGCGCAGCAGCCCGCAUCGGCCCGCUUCCUGCUGCCCCAGUCCCUCACCAAUCGCUGGCCAGAGGCCUACAGCUGGAAGAAGCCGCUGCUGUAUUUCAUGGCUGAGCGUGGGCUUGAGCUGUUGUAUCCUGUGCUACCUCACCGCUGGAGCCUUACAACCAAUACGCUGGUCGCUGGGACCAAUGAUCAAGUUCGUGCCCACUCGUCCAAGUGGCUGCCCAAAGUCGAGCGCUUCAAAUUGUCUCUGCUGUCGUCAAAUGAUACCCAACAGCUGGCACCAGGGUGGCAGGAGCUAGCGACAAGUGAUGGUGCUUGGACAAAAAUGAUAAACGGGUCUCGUGACUAUGCCUGGCAGCGAGUCCUAGCGGCGUUUCCCAGCUUGUCUACGCUGGACGUGCUAGAUGCGCAUGGACAUGUCCUCGGGACAGACGCCCAGGACGCCGCGCGGCGAGCCACCGAGCAAAAGGCUCUAUCAGCUCAACAGUGUGUCAGCGUUCUCAUUUAUCUUCGCCACGAUCAAGCUCCAGCCACCAUCGCACUGGUCAAGAAACUGUCUCAGACACCCAUCGACUUGGAUCUGAUAGUUGUGAGCCCCGAUGCAGCCGCGGCGCAUGCGCUGCAAACAGCCACGACCAGGGAAAAGUGGGCCAGUCACCUGACCGUGUUGCACGAUCCCGCUGUCUCGGCCAUGAGCUACAUGUGGUCCCGAACAGCGCGGCAGGCGGUGCGCUGCCAAGCACUAUGGCUGCAAGACUCCGCCUGGCCCGUCACCACUGAGAGCUUUGUGUAUGCCGUUGAAACGUUCCGAGGCCAUUAUUACGACCACGUUGUUGGCUUGCAGGCUGCAGCGCGCAAUCACCAGGGCCAGGGCGUUGGCAUGGGCUUUCUGCGGAAGAAUACGGAGCAUGCGUCCUGGUUUCUGCCAACCAACCUGGUCAUACCGAGUGCACUCACUGGGCGAAUCGCCAUCCAAGGUGCAACCCCCGUCGCAGAUCAAUGCCGCUGGCUUGUGCUCCACGCGGAGCUGGCGAGUCGACAGUUUUGCCCGGUCAUGAUCUGGCAGUGGACUCGGCCUGAAAUUCUACCCGUGGAACACGAUGACGUCCAGCUUGCGGCUUGGCUGACUGGAUGCAUCGAGCAUCUUUGUGGGCUUGGCGUGGCGCCCAACGAUCUUAUGCUCUUGCGAACGAGCCAGUCGGUGCGUAUGGAGGCACGGUAUGGCACCACCACACGCUAUAUCAAUCGCGAGUGGCUUAAAUGUGCUCCGCGUAGUCCUGCAAUUGGGGAUGGCAGCAGUUUCUUGCAUGAUUUGGGCGUGGCCUAG